UCGUCGUGUUUACCGUUUGCUUGUUCGUCGUUAAAGCUUCGUGCAGAUUGCGACUUGCGAAGCGCGCUCAGUUCUUGUGCAAACGGCAGCAGGACAACACUCUGUCCCUCGCUUUGCUUUCGCGACAAUUCCGUUUUGCAAAUGAAUUGCAAAAUUAAAUAAAAUAAUGCACUUGUAAUUAAAAGAGAAAAAGAAAAAAGAAUUCAAAUUGAUUGCCGAAUAAGAAAGCGAAAAGAGCAAAGUGUGAAAAGUGUUUGUGUGUGCGAAAGUGAGAAAUGCGCCAGAGCAAACGCGUAAGGAAUCCGAAUCAGUCGCCACACAAUUCAGAACCGACUCCGAGACAGAAUCGGAAUAAGAAUCAACAAGCGAAUCAACAGAGCCACAACAGCACAGCCAAAGGAUCAACAGUCGCCACCAGGCCGAUGAGGCAGAACAAUAAAGCUGGCGGAGCAGCUUACAGCUGCGGAUUCGGAUUCGGUUUGCGGGUGUCGAGGUCGGAGUCAGUGUCGAGAAUGCGAGGAGUGGCAUUGCCCCUGCUCCUUGGGCUGCUGAUGCUGCUGCAGCUCCUUGCUCCGACACUGUCAACGCCCUCGCCCUCAUCCAUGCAGACGCCACAGAAGAGAGGUGGUAGUGGCAGCGGAGGCGGCGGCGGCGGUGGAGGAGGCGGCGGUGGCGGUGGCAGCUCCUCGGACAUCUCCAAAGAUCAUUGCAAUAAGACGGUGGACAUCUUCGAGGACAUUAGCUCACCUGAGGUCAGCAAUCAGAAUGUGGGACGACCUCUGACCUGCUGGUAUCGCUUUCGACCCCUCAAGGGUUCGCCGCGUGACUUUGUGCUGCGUUUACGCUUCAAGAAGUUCAAGGUGGGCCAGCUGCUGAAUGCCACCCACUGUGACGGUGGCUAUCUUCAGAUUGUCGAUGGCAAUGCCAAAACAGAUGUAUCCAAUCGUCGGGAGCCCGGAAUGUUCUGUGGCGAGGCCGAGCAGCCGCAGACCUUCAUCAGCGAGACGAGCUAUGUAAAGGUUCUCUUCCACACCGACAACUUUACGGAUCAGACCUACUUCACAUUCGAUUCACGCGCCGAGCAACAAACCGAAGUCUAUUUGCGCUAUGGCCAGCAUCCGGAAUUGUAUCCAAAUCGUCGUGGCGAAGUUGUGCAAGGUUCGUACUGCGAACGUGAAUAUCGCGACUGCCGUCUGCAGACCUGCUACGUUCAGUCUCCGGCGUAUCCUGGACUGUAUCCUCGAGCCUUGAACUGCCGCUAUAAGCUGCACACUCGACAGCCGUACAUCAAGUUAUAUCUGCAGAACGAACAGUUUGCGGUCGAUGGUCAAAGAUGCGAGAACGUGAUGACCUGUCCCAUCAGACCCAUCGGAUCGGGCAACGAGCAUUGCCCAUACGACUGGUUGGCCGUUUAUGAUGGACGCGAUGAGCAUUCGCCGCUGAUAGGCAAAUUUUGUGGCCUCGGCAAGUUCCCAUUCAGCAUUAUUGGCACAUCACAAUACAUGUACGUGGAGUUUGUUACAUCACCGGCGGGGCCAUUGCUGAAUACGGGUUUCCAUUUCAACGUUGGCAACUGGCCGGGCCAUGUGGAGACCGCAGGAAUCAAGCACGGCGUUUGCGAUUGGUUGCUCAGCUCCGAUUCGCUGAAGGACAGCAGCGCCAGCGAGGGCAUCUUCCUCAGUAUUGCCCACUGGUAUCCGCCAAACACCUCCUGCAGCUACCACAUUAAAGGACAUCCUGGCGAAAUCGUGCGACUCUAUUUCCCGAGUUUUCGCAUCAAUCGCAUCGAAUCGCCCAUACUGAAAUAUGAAGGUGAUUGCGGAGAAUCGUUGACUAUCUACGACUCGGAUCACGCGGACCCGGCCCGCAUCAUCAAGACCUUCUGCGACACCUUCUCGCGACCCAUGGAGAAGGUGGACUUCGUCAGCACAAGUCCCUCGCUGUACGUGCAAUUCGACUCGAAGACUGGCAGCUAUAGCGGCAGCUCACUGUACUACUGGGCGCACUACGACUUCUUCAACAACACCCGCUUCGGCGACCCCGUGCCCAACACCCUCUGCGACGAAGUCAUGUACGCCUGGAAGCAUCCUGGCGGUCGCCUUCGCUCGCCCCUCAACUCCCUGAUCUUCAAACGAACCGGCGGAAGCGAUGUGCGUUGUCAGUACAAGUUCGUGACGGAUCGUCGUUUGUAUGCCAGGGCCAUCAUUGAGGUGAACUCGGUCUCGUUCAAGGAGUUGCCAUACAACAGCAAUGCGUGCACUCGUUGCCAUGAGGAGCGUGUGGACAAGCUGGUGAUCUGGGAGGAGCGCGACAAGUUCCAGAACAAUUUGGCUUGCUUCUGCGACAACAUUCCCCGAGCUGUGCGUGUCAUCUCCUCGGCGGAUCAGAUGAAUCUGGAGAUGAUUGUGCAGGGUCAGCAUGCCAUUACCUCGUACUUCAAAAAUCCCAAUCCAUUGUUCGAGGCCACUUACGAAUUUGCGCAUGGUCCGCUCUGUGGUCCCAUCACGCUGGGUCCCUCGCCCGACGGCGAUCUCGUCUUUCCCUACAAGAAGGCACUGGCCAUGGUAGCGGGACCGAUGGCGCCACCUGAGCAUCAUUAUCGUCGCGAGAAGUGCAUCUGGGAGCUAAAGGUGGCCGCUCAGCGGGACUUGUGGCUGAAUCUGGAGAAGGCGCGAUUCGCUGAUCGAAGUUGCGAAAGUGCCAAGAUCGAGGUAUAUCUGGCUGGGCGACUGGAGCCCCGCUUUGUCGUCUGCCCCGACAACAUAUCGCUGGCCAGGGAUUUGCCCAUUCUUACCACUGCUGAGCUGGGAGCUACAGGCGCUGAUCAGGAGCCGCUGCCGGUGCUCAUACAGUACACAGGAGAUGGGCAGCCGGGCAAGAACAUCUUCCGACUGGUCUGGACCGAGCUGUUCCACUUGCCGCGCAAUCCCGAUGGUAGUCUGGCCGCGUCCCUAUUGCAGGAUGGCGGCUGUGACUUCCGCUGUCCCGGCGACACGCAGGUCUGCAUUCCACGUCAUCUGCUCUGCAAUGGCAUUGCCAACUGUCCCAAUGUGACGCACUCCUCGACGCUGGCCCAACUAACGCGGCACAUUGAGUGGAAUCUGGAGCAGCUCGGUCUACUGCAUCACGCCGGCGAAUACAGUCAGCUGGUGCUACACGACGAGUCGCCCGAGAUCUGUUUGCGACGUGAUCUCAGCGAGUUGCCCUACGGCAAACUCUCGCUCCUCGCCCUCGGUUUAUGUGUGAUGUUUGCGCUGCUGAUUGCCAUCCUGCGACGCAUGUGCCGAGGGACGGCGAAGCAGCUAGGACUGCAGCAUCUGGACGAGGAUUACUAGAGU